CAUGGAUCCAAUUUUCAAGCUCAAGCCAGUUUAGUUAGUGCGCUCAGUGCGGUAACAAAUAUUUUAUUGCUAACGAUAAAUACGUUUCAGUUCAAUCGGAAGCGCGGCGAUUUCGUUAUCGAACUCACUGCCAGUUAAUGUGAAAUAAUGAAGCUGAGUUUUGUUGGUUUAGUUUUUUUGUUGAUGAACCUAAUCUGUGCUUUUGGUUUUUUCUACGAUAUUGGCAACUUGGUCGAAGAAGAUAAUCUGGUCGUUCACACUAAAUUAGGAGAAUGCGUGUUCGACAAGCAAAUACGAGAAUUAGGAUCUAUUUGGACACCGGAUUUGGGACCGCCAAUAGGGGUACUUCACUGCAUGAGAUGCAAAUGCGUGCCGUACCAAAAAAAGAAGCGCAUAGUGGCAAGAGUUCAAUGCUACAGCAUUAAAAACCAAUGCCCCGUACCAACAUGCGACGAGCCGGUAGUCCUUCCAGGAAGAUGUUGCAAAACAUGUCCAGGCGACAUAAGUCCCGACACGGUCCAAGACAUCGUCCCACAGAAUGUCGCGGAAGUGGAGGAAAAAAGCAACAAACAUUUUACUGCAUUACUCACUGGUCGGUCAUCUUUAAUAGUGACCAACGAAUUUGUUAAACCGAUGACCGAAAUGAAUAAAAACAACGUGGUAGCCACUGGUAGAUUUUCAGUCCACAAAAGAAACCUUUAUUACUCUUUCUACAUAUCUGAAAACGCUGCUCGUCCUCAAUCAUUGCAAUUUGUUGAUGGUCAAGGUAAUAUUGUAGAAGAAUUUACACUAUCUCAUUCUGGCGGCUAUGUUAACAGUCUUUAUCAAAAUGCUUCGAGAAAAGUUUGCGGCGUAUGGCGCAGAUUGGCUAAAGAAUAUAGGAAACUGCUCAAACAAGAGAAAAUGUAUGCUGUGUUAGUUUGGGGCGUAAAAGAUCAAGCGGAAUUCACUUUAAGUGGUUUGAUUAUGAAAAAUGGAGCUUUGCAAACAGAAUUGCUUAGUGCUCUUUUAGAACCCGCACCUGGAUCAGAUUCCUUUUCGAUGGCAGGUGCUGGAGGUACAGCAAUAGUGUCAAUAUCUACCACAGUAACUCCAUCAAUCAAUGUUGCAAUAGUUUUCAACGGUCUAUUUAUGCCUUCCGAAAUUGCUAAUGUGCCGAUUAAUAUCACAUUAUCUAUGGAUGAAAAAAGGCAAAUAGUUCUUCAGGAAACAGUUCAGGUCUUGAAACCAGCUACCGACCUUAAUAUUAUCAAUGUAAGCGCGACAAUAACUCAAGCUCAUUUACGUUAUCUGACCAGAGGACGUAUAUUAUUGAGCUUGUCGUCUUUAUCAAAACCAGAUGCACUUAAACUAAGUGGAAACAUCUUGACAAAGGCUUCUUGCGAAAUAUUCCAAUCCAUUUUAUCCUCUUCAAACACCGCCAAUCCAGAUGGAGUCUCAGGCAUGGCCUGGUUAUACUUGAAUAAUGCCGGUUCUCUCAUUUACAAUAUACAAAUCGACAAGCUACCCCCUAAAGAAAAUCCUCCAAUAAUUACACUCAUCGAUAUGAGCACCAAAAAGAAAACGGAACUCGAAGAUUUGACCCCCUAUUUCCAUGGAGAUGGCUGGGCCAAUGGUACCUUAGAAAAACUAACCCCUAGAGUUUUGGAACCAUUGUAUGCUGGAGAUUUGGCUGUCAACGUUGCUACUACUAGUGACAAUAGCUUGAUUAAAGGAAAACUUAUUGCCAAACCUGUGGAUGAUGCUAGAGACGCCCCCGCACCAGUAUUGUUGAAAAGAGAAUAUUCUAAUUUAUCUACAGCUGCAGUCGGGUUGGCCUGGAUCUCUGUUGACAUCGAGUGUCAUUUGCAUUAUGAUAUUUCGCUUACGGGUCUUGGUGGAGACCGUAAGCUGGAGCUUUGGAUGGAGUUCUAUCCAAUGAUCGCUCCUGGUGCUCCAUUUAUUAACAAACAAUUAGAUUCGUUUCAAGGUAAUUCUGUAGAAGGUUCUCCUGUCGAGAUACUUACUAAAGACGAAACGAACAGACUGGAAAACGGAGUUAACUUUUUAAAGGUUAAAGAUGCAGAUUCUAAAGCGGUGCUGCUCAUGGCGACAGUAGUUAAAGUCUCUAUACCGCCACCCUGCAGACCUUACAGCUCCGAGAACAGCGUAUCUCUCGACGACCAUCCUCAAAUAGUUUCGACUGGCGAAUGCUUCUUUGAAGAAAAAUUUUACAAGACUGAAGAAAUUUGGGUAUCGGGUAAAAACCCUUGUCAGAUGUGUUUCUGCCAAAGUGGAGCUACUAAGUGCGACAUAAUGACUUGUCCAGAAAUAAACUGCACUGCUGGUAAAAAAGUUGCCGUGGAUGGCGAAUGUUGUCCAGUAUGUGUUAAUAACUCUAUCCCUACUAGAGAAGCUAAUGGUCAGAAGUGUACUUUGAGUGGACAAUAUUAUUUGCCGGGUACAAAAUUUUAUCCGUUCCUUAUUCCUUUCGGCUUUGACCUCUGCACUGAGUGUUAUUGCAAUCCAGAAGCCUACCAGAUUAGUUGCACCCGACUUAAAGAGAACGAAAAGCAGUGCUGUAGGAGUUGUAGUAAUAAAAAGGCAUUUGAUAUAAAUGAUCCACUGUCAGAUGAUUUUGUCUCCACCGCUUCCGAAUAUUCUGUGAAAAACCACGGAAGUGAAUACGGAAAGAAGAAGGAGAAUAUCGCUGCAAAAAUCUUGGAAGAUGGGGGUUGCAAAAACCCCAGCAAUGCUAAAAAACCAUUUGCUAAUGGCAGCGAAUAUCAUCCAUUUAUCGAUUCAUUGGGAGAAUAUAAGUGUGUUACCUGCAAAUGCCAGAAUGGUACGCCCCAAUGCAGUCGACAACACUGCGAUAUGCCCACUUGCAAAAAGAUGCAAGAUAUCAAGCGGCGAAAAGAAAAGAUCAACCCAGCGGAUUUUUGCUGCUCAUUGAAGGACUGCAGAAAGCUCCGGCAUAAGAAAAAACACAGCGGCACAAGUUAAUUUUUCUCCAUUUUUCUCUAAAGAAGGCAAGGAACGUAAAAUUCUUCGCAUAUGGAAACUGCGGGUCCAACGCAGACCCAGGUUACCUAUUUACCAAAGAAGACUGAGACAGUAGCAAUGACGUUUCCUUGUUCAUCUUUUUGACUAGUUCCAGCAGAUAAAAUAUUGGUUAGUCAAUGCCAAUCAAUGUUUUUGAUAUUAUGUGCUAGAAUAUGGUGACUCUGUAAGUAAAAUUUUAGGAGCAUUUAUAAAUCUUAGAUACUAGGUACAUGGUACAUAUAGGUACCUUUUAUUUACAUGCAUUACCUACUUACAUACAUUUUCGGAAUCUCCUUUUGCAAUAUUUCAGUAUUUUGCUAAAUUAUUUUAGUAUCUACUAGUGACUGUGUAUGAAUGUGAUGCGAGCGAAAAAAAUUUAAAAUUUAUUUUACUGUAAAUAUUUAGGUGUUAAGGCGGUAGGCGCAUGUAUUUAACGUUGAAUUAAGUCUUUAAUAUGUACAUAUACAUAUAUAUACCUAGUUAUUAUAGUAUAUAGGCCACAACAUUGCAUUUGGAAAUAUAUACAUACAUAUUUAGUGAGAUGAUUUGCAUACGAUAUUAUUUGUAGAUAUUGUAUCGGCAACUUGUUGUUUUUAGCAAAUGCAGUAUAACAGUACAGCUAUGUUUAAAUUCUUGUACCUGCUUUAGGUCAUAAAAUAUAUGCUUUAUUAAUACCUACA